AAAUAGAAAGCACCGCGAUAACAUGAGAUAACUAUUAUCUCUUACUCUUCUUUUGUGUGAGACAAAUGCACUUUGCCUGUUUCCCGGGGAGAAAGUAACUAGCCGACUACGAUCCUUCCCUGGACAUAAUCAUUAUCUUUCUUUCUAGGGUAUAUGCUGUUGAACAGUUUCUUCCUCAUCGUCUGUGUGGAAGGAAACCGCAGCCUGUUCUCUACUCUUCCCCGGCAGUGAGCGACGGCUUCCCAGCCUCCACAGCGUCAACACACCCGGUACUAAUUAAGAAAAAAAAACCCCAAACGCGUAUAUGUCUGACAAGGAAGCAAACAUGUCGACGGAGAGGAAAGCGACGUUAAGCGAAAACAUGCUUUUUGGGAUGGGAAAUCCCUUGCUCGACAUUUCAGCUGUCGUGGACAAAGAUUUCCUUGACAAGUUUGGACUGAAGCCGAAUGACCAGAUCCUCGCCGAAGACAAACACAAAGCCUUGUUUGAUGAAAUUGUCAAGAGGAACAAAGUUGAAUACCAUGCUGGUGGCUCGACCCAGAACUCAGUGAAAAUUGCUCAGUGGAUGAUCCAGAAGCCCCACAAGGUGGCUACCUUCUUUGGGUGCAUCGGUGCCGACCACUUCGGGGAGAUACUGAAGAAGAAGGCCGAAGAAGCCCACGUCGAUGCCCAUUACUAUGAACAAAAUGAGGAGCCGACCGGUACCUGUGCAGCCUGCAUCACUGGGGACAAUAGGUCCCUUGUUGCUAACCUGGCAGCGGCAAACUGCUACAAAAAGGAAAAACACCUGGACUUGGACAGCAACUGGGAACUGGUGAAGAAAGCCAAGGUCUAUUAUAUUGCGGGUUUCUUCCUGACGGUGUCUCCGGAGUCAAUCCUCAAGGUUGCGAAGCACGCUUCAGAUAACAACAAAAUCUUCUGCAUGAACCUCUCAGCACCUUUCAUCAGCCAGUUCUUUAAAGAGCCCCUGAUGAUGAUUAUGCCUUACGUCGACAUCUUGUUUGGCAAUGAGACGGAGGCGGCCACAUUUGCCAAAGAGCUGGGCUUUGAGACAGAUGACAUUGCAGAGAUUGCAAAGAAGACCCAAAACCUCCCUAAGGAGAACACAAAGAGGCAGCGAGUGGUGGUCUUCACUCAGGGCAAGGACGACACCGUUGCAACUGUUGGUGAUAGGGUGACCAUGUUCCCUGUUUUGGACAUCGACCAGAACAAUAUUGUGGACACUAAUGGAGCAGGCGACGCCUUCGUGGGAGGAUUCCUCUCUGCAUUGGUCCAAGAGCAGGAGUUGGAGGAGUGUAUCCGGGCCGGACACUACGCCGCCAAUGUCAUCAUCAGACGGGUCGGGUGCACCUUCCCAGAGAAGCCAGACUUUCACUGAUGCAUUCGAGCACCGCUCAUUUUGUCUUUUCCACAUGAGACUUGGAUAUGUAUGCUCCUUCAGGAUUUUAUGUACAUUUUUUUCUAUUUUCAGUGACUGCAUGGGACUAAGUGCUGCAGCUUGGAAUCUUUUAUCAAGCUUAAAUAAGCAACUCAGAUGUUUUAAUACAAUUCAAACAAUGUACUAGUAUCAAAUGUUGGAAUAAUAGGGGCAUUUUUAAAGGAGCACUCCACUGAAAAUCUAUCUUUUGAGUAUCAAAAACUCAGACCUACAGGCCUAAAAUAUUCAAACUACAGCAUAAUUCCCUUCUCCAUCACUGAGCCCUAUGUUUCCUAUGUUUACAACUCAUAGUCUAUCCACAACAGAGGUGUCCACUGUCACCUCCUCAGUGCUGUGAAGCUCUGCUGGAAGUAGUGUUGGUGUAGAUUGGUGGUGAAGAAGAACAUUAUCCUGCAGGAUAAAUUUGAAAGUUUCAGUGGACAUGUGGCUCUGAAAAGUUUGUUUCUUGCUCCUUCAUGGAGAAGUUACAACCGAUUCUAAUGGUGACCCAGAAUGGAGGCCAAAAAUACCCAUUUAUACCACCCAUUGAAACUUCUCCAACCAUUCCUGCUGCAUAAUCCACUGUUGAUCCUUAUGCUCAAUAAGUUCAUAAUAAUUAAAGCAUCACCAAUAAAUUGCUAAUUACAUUUCUUCCUUUGGAGCUUCUGAGCUAUGAGGAGGCAAUAGUGUGACACAGAAGUAGUGUGUUUAGCAGUGCCAUCCCUCACAAAGCAGCAAACUUUUCAGAGCCUUUUUUCAAGCCUGCAGGGGACGAGUGUAUUGAGAUUUUGUAAAUAUAGUACAUUUUCAGUUGAAUGUUCCUUUAAAUUUCAGCAGUAACGCUGCAGAAAUCAUGGAAUUCACGGGGUCAUAGGAGGCAUUUCAAUUUCCAAAAUUGACAGUUUUAGUAGGACAAAACUGGAAAAGAAAGUUUUUUGUUAUUGUAUAAAUAAAACAAUAUCCAACUCAAAAUCCUACUGAGCUACACCUAUCAUAAAACAAAUUCAGUUUGGAUAUAUAAUAUUUUGUUUUACCAUCAGUUAAAAUUUUAUGUGAAUACACCCAAAAAACGAAACGCAAAACAAUGUUAUAACACAGAGGUUUGUGUAUUUCCCCCGUUAUUUAAUCAGGCAUAGGCUCCCUCAUGCUAAUCGCUUUUGGACAGCUCAACACCCCCCAUUAUCGAGGGCACUCAGGAGGGGGGUGGAGGGUGGGGGUGGCAGGACCAGCUUGGUGUCCUGGCUCCGCUCAGUCACCCCCCAACUCUUGCUCAUUGGGUCCUAACUGGACUCUCAGGGUCUGCGGGGCCAUGGGAGAUCAUUUUUCUCAGUUUAGGGAUUAGUGGUCGCUCUUCAUGGCGAUCAUUAGAGGGACCUGAAAAUUAGGCUGAUCCUUCAUACCCAGCUGUGCUGUCGCUGGGGGUUGGAGACGACGAUCAGAGGGAGGCCCCUCCCCUGCCUCACGCCCACCCCCUCCCACUGACUGUGGGCCAGCAGAAGUGUUGGGCAGUGUCUCAAGUGUUUUGUGGAAAACAAUUCAACAAUCAUCUGUUCUACAAAGAAGGGAGAUUGGGAAUAACAUCUAUGAUCCCCUAGAAACAACCUGUUACAUCAUAUUUUCUUUUAUUUUCUGCGAGCGUGAUCCAAUUUUUUUACUCUCCCUGCACACAAGCUGAAUUUUCUGUAAUGAGGCAUAGUUUAUGCAUUCAUGCUAAUCAGGGGCAUCUAGGUGAAAGCAUUCUCCAGCCAAAAUGUUAUUAACAACUUUGAGACACUUUUUUUUUUCAUCAGCAUUUUUUAAGGUUUCACACAGAUGCGCUUUGAAAAGGACCACAUUUCUGAUUGGGCAAGAUCACACUCCAUGGCAGCUGGUUCAUUUGCUUCUCAAGAUGACAGAUGGCAAAACACAAACACAAAAAGAGGGAGCCAUGAUUAAGUAAUGAGAAUGCCUGCCACAAUAAGGAAACUACUAAACAUACUUUUCUCACUUUUCCUGGUAAACUUUUGCUUUGCUCAAUGAAUGCAAGAUGUGGAAAAACAAACAUAAAAUCUGUGCAUUUAAUUUACAUUUUACAAUACUAUGUUAUCUGUUUUGUAAGCUAAUGAGCUGUAGGCAUUCUGAAAAUGUUUAAUGCCGGUUUUAUUGUUUAGCAGCAAUCCACAAAAUCUCUUUUCAUUUACUGUUUUGAGUUAAAUACGCUAUAAACAACUUUAAAGUAGGGAGAGGGGAAAAACUUGACUUUGCGAUAUUUGCCUUCAAAAGUGAGUUCUCGACCAGAAUAUAUUUUUCUGAAUGCAGGAAAAGGAGUAACUGGGGCCCUGGCCAGUGUUUUGCCCCGCAGAUGGGCAGCAGUGUUUGUGAACACCAGUGUGGCAGUUGGCAGGGAUUGUGGAGGGGGAUGGGCAGAUUGCAAUGGCACAUGCUCCAAUUCAAAUUAUCCCUGGACCCAUGCAGCAGUGGAGAACCUGCUGGGGCCCAGGGUGGCAUUCAUUAUAACCAGACACAGGCAGGUUUGGUCAGUGCCUCCGUCGUGACACCAGCCCCCCUGAAUGCAUCAAAUCUGAACCCUCUCCAUUCACAUUUCACCUGCUUAAACAACAGCACCACAGUGAAACAACAUUUUUAUUUGCUUGUUUUUACCACAAAUCGUCAGUGAGUAGAUUGAAGUAAAUGUCAAGGACUGAAUGGCAGGGAGACACUUAAUGAACUAAACAUACUGAAACAGUGUAAAUGGUAAAUAGGGCAAACAGGUAAAUAGAGAGCAUUAGAAAGGUCAUCAAGGUAAUAAGAGGUGCAUCUGAUGAAGAUGCAGCAUAAUGAUAAAAAUGACAAGACUAUUAGUAUGUGAAUUGAAUCAAUCCAAAUCAAAUUACACAUCAAAUGUGUCUUUUUAAAAGAGGCUAAAUGUUUUCCAUUUGAGAUCUUUUUAAAGCUGUGUGUACAGUACAGUAUGUGUUCAUAAUAUGAUGGGAAGUUACCAAUUAUCUCUCUAAUUACAUCUGUAUUACUGAAUGAAAAAUGAGCUUUCUGGCAUUUCUAAUGCAGCUAAAGAGUUGGUGAAUGAGCGAGGGGAGCGCAAAUCUAAAGACUGAAAAUUUAAUGAUCUACAUUAUUGCUAACAACUACUGCUCUUCCUUGGGUAUGCUGAAGUUAAUUAGCAGAUUAGGGUGUUAGUGUAUAAUAUCCCAUACUGCCCUGGGUAAAACUGGCCUGUGCAACAGACGGCUCAUCUUGAAAUAAAAAGUCUGGAUUUA